AUGUGGGAACAAUUAGUUGUUCUCAUUGGUAAGUGGAGUGAUGGGGAAUGGUGCUUAGGAGAUGAUUUUAAUGCAAUUGAAAUGUCAUCAGUGGAUUGUAGAUGUUUGCAAAGGUCACGUGAUUCGGUUGGUUUCAAUGAUUUCACAGGAAUCAUGGACUUGGUUGAUUUUCCAACAAGAGCUAUAAAAUUCUCAUGGAGCAAAGGGAGUGGAGGGUCAAUGAGUAUAAUUAAUAGGUCCCUCCUAUCAAAUGGAUUCAUUGAGUUGUUGUCAGCAGUUAGUCAGGAGAUAAGGCCAAAGGAUUUAUCAGAUCAUAGUCUUGUAUAG